AUGACAGUGUGCGUUUGUUUUAUUCUUUUACAGAAGAAACCCAGGGAGGGCACAGCUGGUGGAGGGGAAGAGGCGGACCUGGUGGCUCUCUAUGACUACGAUGGUGUCCAUCCUGACGACCUGACGUUUCGGAAAGGCGAUCAUUUCAAGUCAAUAGAGGAGACGGGGGAGUGGUGGCGCGCACGCUUGGUACAAUCAGGAGAAGAAGGCUUUGUUCCCAGUAAUUACGUUGGAAAAUUGAAUUCUCUGGAGUCCGAAGAGUGGUAUUUCAAGACAGUUGGAAGGAAAGAAGCAGAACGGCAGCUGCUGUCACCUGAGAAUCAGACCGGCGCCUUCAUGAUACGGGACAGCGAGACUAUGAAAGGCUGCUACUCGCUAUCCGUCAGAGACUGCAACCCUCAGACAGGAAACGCGGUGAAACAUUACAAGAUUCGCACCUUGGACAAUGGUGGAUUUUACGUUUCUCCAAGGAAAACUUUUAAAACGCUGCAUGACCUGGUCAGCUACUACCAGGACAACUUGGACGGCUUGUGCCAGAAGCUCACCACAGCGUGCAAGUCUUCCUGUCCAGAUAAGCCGUGGGAGAAGGAUGCCUGGGAGGUGCCAAGAGACUCGCUGAGGUUGGAGAAGAAGCUCGGCGCUGGGCAGUUUGGCGAUGUUUGGUUGGCCACAUACAACGGGCACACUCAGGUGGCAGUGAAGACGAUGAAACCGGGAACCAUGUCUGCGGAGGCCUUCCUCGAAGAGGCAAACAUGAUGAAAACAUUGCAGCACGAGCGCCUAGUGCGUUUACACGCUGUGGUGACGCAGGAAGAGCCCAUCUAUAUCAUCACUGAGUACAUGCAAAAGGGCAGCUUGUUGGAUUUUCUGAAGAGCGACGAAGGCAACUGUCUCCAGGUGCAUCAGCUUAUCGACUUUACCGCCCAGAUCGCAGAAGGAAUGGGGUUCAUAGAGCAGAAGAAUUACAUCCAUCGCGACUUGCGAGCAGCCAACUGCCUGGUGUCUUCCACCAUGGCAUGUAAGAUUGCCGACUUCGGUUUGGCCCGCGUGAUUGAAGACAGCGAGUAUACAGCCAGAGAGGGAGCCAAGUUCCCGAUAAAAUGGACCUCACCCGAGGCUGCCAACUAUGGCUCCUUCACAAUAAAAUCCGACGUGUGGUCCUUUGGCAUCCUUAUGACUGAGAUAAUUACCUAUGGGCGGACGCCGUAUCCAGGAAUGUCCAAUCUGGAGGUGAUCACGGCUCUGGAACGCGGCUAUCGCAUGCCAUGCCCUGGGAACUGCCCACAGGAGCUGUACAACAUCAUGCUGGAGUGUUGGCAGCAGGCCCCAGAACAGAGACCGACCUUCGAAUACCUGCAAGGCAUCCUGGAAGAUUUCUUCACGGCCACUGAACACCAGUACCAGCACCAGCCCUGAGGGGUGCGGAUGCCGAAGAGCACCUAGAAGCCAUGCAAUGCCGGAGCUGACAGCUGUGCCA